GUUUCGUCUGGUUUAAACUCAAACAGAGCAUUGACGGCAAAAUUGCCAAUUAGGACGCCGAUCACUAUCGUUGUGCUCCAGCAUUCUGCAUAUCCUUGAGAAAUGAUUUGGUAGCUAAUCAUCUUGUCUGUGCCUGGUUCCGCUGUCGUAUCCUUGGGGUGUAUCGACGCCGAUGCCUUUCCUCGUGGCAUUGGUCACUUCUCAUGUCUAGAAUGGCUGACUAAAUUAUAGGCUGCUUACUGCAUCCGCUAGAUAUGCGUCCCAGUGCUUACCUCAUACUGCUGGAGAGAGAAAAGCGUGUAGUUAUGUAUGCUGGAACGGUUAACUACAGAUUGAUGCUGGUGGUGAGCUGCUCUGCUGGGAUACCACUCGACUUCUCCCGAAAUGAAGAUAAGGAGGGAGGGAUGAGAGAAAAAAGGGAGAGGGUCGGGUGAUGGUCGCCUUGGAAUAGCGUCCGCAACGCCGAUGAUUUUGACCGGGGCUUCGGGAUAACUAGAGGAUUGCUGCCAAAAGCGCUCACCGCUGGAAAUAACCGCCGUGACGCAUGGAAAUUGGGGCUAUUUUAAGAGGAUCUCUACGGAGUACUUGAAUACCCCAAGUUCAGCCCUACGCCAAGGGGAAGUGAUAAAUGUUGCCAAUCACAAUUCAGCAUUCUGCCAGGCAAAAAUGACCAGCAACUUCGCGAUUCGCUUUUGCAUGCUCCUACUGGCCAAUAUCUUCUCGAGGCCGAUGCUGCGCCUGGCUCUAUGGGGUUAGUUUCUGCCCAACUAACCCUCACGCCAAACGGGAAGAUAGGACUCGCGAUCAUUCGAAGUGAACAGUUCGAAAGACUAAAAACCUUUCUUCCAUGCAUUCUGAUUACCACGGCAGAAAUAAUAAUAGCACGAAAGAGAACGAUUUGCGGUGGGAAUGCGGGGCGGAUCAGCUGGUGCAUUUUCUUUAGUCCUCAUAUUCAUCCCAGCGGAUUAUUCACGCUGCACGCCAGGUAGUUGUCAAGGGCUUUUCAACAGUGGGAGGCAAACAAACAAGUUCCAUAAAAGCAAGCAAGGGAGACAAACGAGGGCUCACAUUCAAUUCCUGGAGUUCGAGUCUACCCAGGUCAGCUAGGAAAAGGCGGCCGACACCUCUCCGGAAUGGCGAUACGAUGCAGAGUGGCAACAGGCAAGCGGUGCUAGCCUUGUUGGACUGCCAAAUCACCUCCUGGCGUGGUCGAUGAUAGAAGACUCAUGAGAUUUAUGACCGUCCCGAAAUCACAAGAGAAACUUCCCGCCGCCCUUUUUUUCCCCCAGAAUUGCGUGGAUAUCUCUGCCAAUAAAUAUCCAUUAAACUAUUAUCUCAACCAAUAGUCGUGCACCGCGCCGAUACUCUGAAAGAGGGAAAUGGAGGGGAAACGGAGGAGUGUCAUUCGCGUUUUUCAGGAUGGAUCGAAAUCAAUCCGAUCUAAUCUGUAGUUUUAGCUUGGUCGUCAUUGUAACUACCGGCCAAGUAAAAGGAGUUAUAGUUAACAAAAUAAUGAAAUGUCCAAGGUUCAGCUAGGGAUUCACCCCCUGUUGACUUUUCCGGUGUGUUUCCGUGUACAGAGAGGAUUCUUCUCUAUAGGCCUAUGUUGAUGGGACUGAAAGCUUGUCUCAAGGCGGGCAUUGCGCACCUCGAGACUGCGCAGCUAAACUGGUUUUUGUAUGAAGGGGUGGGGGUGAUUCAAUUGUGCUUAUUCCGCGGCGGAACAUGGGGCAAGAUGCGCAAAAUAUUCCUCAGACAGCAUAGCAUCACUCAGCAGCGAGGCGCCAUGACAUGACCCAAUGCCAUCCGUUCGAAUUAUAUCGCCCAAUUUCUCUUUCAUCGUCCACUCGGCAUAUACGAACCGGAGAGAGCUUUUAGUAUGCGCCUGGUAAACCUUGCUAUUUUCACGGGAAGCGAGUCAUUGCCAAUAAUCACUAAAAUAUCGCUGACAGCGCGCUCAGCGCACGUAGUUUCUUUGCCUUAUUAGUGCUCGGGGCCAAGAGUCGAUAUGAGCUGUGAUAUCUUCGGAAUCAAGAUAGUAGGAGGGUGGCGGGGGGGGGUUGUCCUAGAAAUGGCGAGGAAGGUUUUGUGGAGAAAUUUGCUUAUAUUAUAGAGAGACAAACCCCUUCAGAUGUUUGAACCUCGAUUGUCGCCUUCAUAUUUCAUGCUGUUUGGCAAUCAAUCACCCAGAAUGGUGAUUGCUCCUACAAUUACAUACCAAUAUUGAAUUCGUGCUAGAAUCGAAUCUUCCAGGGGUAUUCUUCAUUCAUAUUGGAAAUGGAUUACAGAUUCGCCGUCUCUCCUCCCCACUCCCCUGAAUCAUUACAGCUUCCUUUCAACGCUGGACCAGCAGAGGUUGCUUCAGAUCUAUCCAGCCCCACAUCUCCCAGCGGCAUGACACAUUCGAUAUACACAAACAUGGGAACUCCUUAUGACAUGAUUCCGUUUGGCAACGAUUCAGCGCCUUACUAUGACCCCAUGGCAGGGAAGAUUCCUGUAGAAUAUAUUGGUUCCACCACACUUGAUGAGCAUGAUAGGCGACGAAAUAAACCAAAUAGUUCUAAAGACAAGGAAAAUGUUUCCAACAUGCACCUAAGGCGGCGCGCUCAAAAUAGAGCGUCUCAACGUGCGUUUCGAGAAAGAAAGGAAAGACACCUUAAAAGCCUCGAAGGCAAGCUACAUGAUCUUCAUAGCAAACAUCAAAAUCUGCUUCAAUCCUACCACCAGCGAACAGAAGAAGUACAGCAACUCAACUCUCGCAUUCAAAAUUUAACCGCAGAGCUUGAUCUGCUGAGAUCAGCGACGGACGGCACGAUUGACGACAUUCUAACACCAGACAAGUUCGAUAUCGUGCCAUAUACAAUGUCAAGUUCCGGCCCGCAAUAUUACUUUGAUAAGGAGGCUUUGAAGACGAAUAGCGAUCAAGGGGAAUACAGCUCUAACUCCGAUGGUUUAUAGAAACAGAUGGCUUGUGAGGGAGCGGCAUAUUGGGAUGACUUGAUGAUAUUCCUAUUUCUAUUCUAUUUUUUUUCGUCUGGGACUCUGCUUGUAAAUAGAACACAUGCUCGGCGCUUACAGGGUAGUUCGUUAUUCCUUCUUUUCGUCUACGGAAUGUAGGUGGUUUUGAAAUUGUCCGAAUUAGCUACCUUUUAAUUGACGCAUGAUGUGUAUUCCUACGAAGAUUUUGGAGACUGCUCCUUUAUGCCUAGGCUUGACCGCUCCCUGUUUUCAAGCACUUCAUUUAUGUUUUCAUUAGGCCUUGCAAAGUUCGCCAAUAACUGCAGUCCGAUACCGCUGAUAUCCUGCACAAGUUCUUAGAAUACCAAUCCCUAAUGCACACCAAUUUAAUAAUGCAAUAAGUUACCUACCC